UCCGUCAGGGUCUGGUGACGGUACUCUUACAAUUAUACUAUAUAGAGAUUCAUAGUCAAAGAUCAAUGUAAUUGAGUAUUUUUGUGUUGAAUUUCUUGUAGAACCGGUAGACAUAGAUUUUCUGAACAAAGUCAGCAUGUGUUUGGGAAGAUUUCUGGAUUUGAACUAUUAACAGUCAUUUGUCAGGAAGUUGGAAAAGCCAUCCCUUUUCAAGUUAAAGUCCUUCUAAAGGAACUUGGUAGAAUUGCUGUUGUGGCAAACAAAUUAGAAACGUGAAAGGAAUUUAAGUUGUUGCAAAAAAACUUAUCCAGUCUGGCUUUAGGAAAGUUCGUUGUGUGAUAGAUUUGUCCAGCCUUCCAACUGUAGGUGCUAAUGUCCUGGAUUUUGACACCGCAGUCUUGACUUACUCGAUGCCCUCUGGGACCGAGACACCUGUCUCCUCUGAGACUUCCCUUUCUUUAAAUGCAUCCAAUCAUGCAACCUCACCCACUUCCAGUACUAGAUCUGAAAUGUGUAAAGUAGAAGAUAGUGCAAAAGAAACAGGCAGGUUCCUUCAGAAAAACCUACAAUGUGAAGAUAAUAAUUCUGCAGAUGAGCCUCAGCCAUCAGGCAGUGUGUUGAAUAACAAAAGUACUAAUUCUGUACUCUGCCUUGCUCAGUCAUGUACAGUUGAAGUGACCAAAGUUUGUACAGCUGAUAAACUGUGUGGUGCUUCCUGCUCUUCCAUGGAGCAUAUAAAGAAUAAAGAGGAUGAAGACAAUCUUUUGUCAGAUGAUGACUUGAAUUCUUCAGCAAGUGAGGAUGACUUUGGUGAUGAUCAGGAUGAAUUUUAUGAAGGAUUUGAGGACAGCCUUCAAGAUACGUUAAUGACAGAAGAAACAGUGAAAACCCUUUCUAGCAGAACAGAAGAUAUCACCAGUGUUCCUUUGUCUGACAAAGCUGUGCAUAUGAAGAGAAAGUCUGAAGGAACCCCUGAUAGUACAGAUUACUUUCCUGGAAAGAAACACUGUAGAACAACAGAUGGAUCAAGCAAUUCCACAACGCUAAGCAAUGGUGCUGACAUCUCUCAAGACAGUGGGAUCCUGGAGGCUGAAAUGGAAAAUGAAGAAGCUCCAGUGUCUUCAGCACCAGAGAAACGCACUACCCUUAUGAAGAAACGAUUAACCACAAGAGUGAACCCUCCAGCUGAGCUCCCCACUUGGCUUGCUACCUUUCAGACAUGGAGCAAUGCAGAAAGACUACUUGCUAUAGACCAGUUAAUAGAAACCUGUGAACCAGUACAGGUUCGACAUAUGAUGGAGGUGAUUGAGCCACAGUUUCAGAGAGAUUUUAUUUCAUUGCUUCCAAAAGAGCUUGCACUUUAUGUUCUGUCUUUCCUGGAACCAAAAGAUCUGCUGCGGGCAGCGCAGACUUGUCGCUAUUGGCGAAUACUAGCAGAGGAUAACUUGUUAUGGCGUGAAAAAUGUCGAGAAGAUGGUAUUGAAGAUGUACGUGAGGUCUUGGGAAAGAGGAGGGCCAGAAGCUCAAGCACUACCAAUCAGUUUCCACCAAGUAUCUUAGCAACAAAUGGAAUUGUCUCACCCAGUCCUUGGAAAGCAGCUUACAUGAGACAACACCAUAUUGAAAUGAACUGGAGGUGUCAGCCACUGCGUUGUCCAAAGGUGCUUCGAGGCCAUGAUGACCAUGUGAUUACCUGCCUACAGUUUUCAGCAAACAAAAUAGUCAGUGGUUCAGAUGACAACACACUUAAAGUUUGGAAUGCGACCACUGGCAGGUGUAUGAGGACAUUAAUGGGACAUACUGGAGGAGUCUGGUCAUCACAGAUGUCGGGAAACAUCAUCAUCAGUGGAUCUACUGAUCGAACAUUAAAGGUCUGGAAUGCAGACACCGGAACCUGCACUCAUACACUGUAUGGACACACGUCAACUGUACGCUGCAUGCAUCUUCAUCAGAACAAGGUUGUAAGUGGUUCACGAGAUGCAACCUUGCGAGUUUGGGACAUUGAUUCCGGGGAAUGUCUCCAUGUGCUAGUGGGCCAUUGUGCUGCCGUCCGUUGUGUACAAUAUAACGGGAAGCUUGUAGUUAGUGGAGCAUACGACUAUCUAGUGAAGGUGUGGAAUCCUGAACGUGAAGAAUGUCUCCACACUCUGCAAGGACACUCAAACAGAGUUUACUCCUUACAGUUUGAUGGCCUUCAUGUUGUCAGUGGUUCCUUGGACACCCACAUUCGGGUGUGGGAUGUAGAAACGGGUGCCUGUAAACAUCUUCUGAAAGGGCAUCAGUCACUUACAUCUGGCAUGGAGCUCAGAAACAACAUCCUAGUCUCAGGAAAUGCUGAUUCUACUGUCAAGGUGUGGGACAUUAUUACAGGGAAAUGUCUACAUACAUUAGCAGGUGACAAUAAACACCAAAGUGCGGUAACAUGUCUUCAGUUUAACAGCAAGUUUGUGAUUACAUCAUCUGAUGAUGGAACUGUAAAAUUGUGGGACCUCAAGACUGGAGAUUUUAUUCGUAACCUUGUGUCAUUAGACAGUGGAGGCAGUGGAGGGGUGGUGUGGAGGAUUAGGGCCUCCCCUACCAGACUAGUGUGUGCUGUAGGUAGUCGUAAUGGCACUGAAGAAACAAAACUUUUAGUCUUAGACUUUGAUGUGGAAGUCAAAUAACCCUUACACCAUAUAGCUGUGCAUGAACUUCAUAUCAUAUUAACUGAAAGGAUAGCCAUUGGUCUUUCAAAUGCCUCAUGUAUAUUCUUCUCUCUACCCACCAUGAUUCCAGAAGACUUUGUCAUCAUAUCUGAAUCUCUCCAUUGUAUUUUGACACUGGGGAGUUGAGGAAUCAAAGGUGUUUCUUAAGGCAGCAGAAUCAGCAAAUUGAACUUUCUCAAGUAGUAGAAGUGUGAGAAGCAGAACAUGUUACUUCAGAUUUUCAGAAAGACUCCAGAGAAAGGAAUGCCAUUGGUCUUUCAGUCUUGUUGUGUUGUCUUUUUCCUAAAGUUUUAGUAAAAUGAUGUCGUAAAAACCUUAGAAUCUCUUAAAAUUAAUGCUCAUAACAAUCAAUAGGCAUUGAGCAAGAAGGAAAAUGUUCAUAUCCUGAGUGGUGUAUUUUAGGGGCCAAAUUAUGCCCUUGGUUUGAUUGUUUUUUGUUGUUUUUUUUAAGAUUAAUUUUAAAAUGUUUGUGGGGUAAAUUCACUUUAGCUAUUUUUUUUAAAGCCAGGAUAUGUUCUGAAACAUUGUGUACUUGCUUCAUACAGAUGAUUUGUGUCAAUUACAUUGUGAAUGACUCUUUUUUUUUUUUUAUGUUAUGUUUUGUUAAAAGUGAGGAGUCCAACUGGUCACGUUGAAAUUUCAGGAUAGAAUCCACAAAGCUUGUGUACAAUAUUUCCUUAUAAGCUUUCACGUUUUGUUGUAAAUAAACAGUUUUGGAUUUUA